UGUUUGCUUCAUUCCAGUCCAUUCAAACGAACUCGCUCGACACACUCGGCACACGGGCGGCCGGCACAGUGGCACGAAAUCGAACCAGAGGCGGCGCCGAGACUUUUUUCCGCCUCGCGGCUUCUCAUUAGAGCAUUAGAGCCGGCACGGCCAGGACCUUAGACACACGCCAACGUGGACUUGAACUUCGCCGCCGAGCUGCGAGUGACAUUCAACUUCAAACUCAAUCGUGCGCCGCGCCGCAUUCGAUUGCGCUUUCGAUUUCGUUGCUCGCGUGCGCUUGCCGGAAGUUAGUGAAGCGCGAAUCGGUGACUUUUGUUAGAAUCGCGUACAUCUUCCGCACGUGGACGAAGAAUUCGGCUCAACAUGGACAAAGUGUUUCAACCGGAAAAUCCUCAACGGACUAAAUCCAUGUUAAGUAUUGUUGUUGACGAUUUUGAUUCCAAACUGCAGAAAGAGCACGUUGAAAAGGAAAAACCCUGCGAUGAUCACCUAGAAACCUCAAACAAACCGAAGGCGGAAGAAUCAAAAGGUCGAGCGGGUACUCCAGAUAAAUCCAUACAAAAAAUCCUUGAUGAAGUCGAACACCGCAAAGAUGAGUUCCGAAAACUACUCGACGAACACAACGCGGUCAUUCAGAAUCUCAAGAAGAUUGAGAAAAUAGACGACUCCAAUCUAAAGGACGCCACCAGCAAGUCCAGCACCCUCGCAAAAACUCCCAUUCCCAUAUGAAUUACGCACUAGACAAUAAAGAAACACAAACGGAUCAAGGUAGCAUCCAGCCACACAACUCAAGACAAUUUAUUAAUUAUGAAUCAUCAUCAAAGUAAAGUGUAAAUUGUAGGCACAAAUAAAACUACUAGCAUAUUUAUUUCGAGCUGGCUCGGUUGUCAAACAGAUCUCAAUAUCGAAAUCUUGACAUUGAAACAAGCAGUAUUAAAACAAUAAUUAAUAAUUGCCACAAAUGUUGAAUUAUUAAUUUUGUUUUGUAGCAGAUAGUCAAAUUCGAUAAGAUUAAAGAUUAGAUCUUUAGUUUUAGUUUAUAGAGAUUAAAAUAGAAGUGCCACAUAAAUUUUCUAAUCAGUCAAUAAAAAGAUGAAAAUUAUUUAGUUGUAAAAAUAAUUAUUAUGUGCAAGGAAAGGAAAAGAGUUUAAAAUGUGAUGAGAUGUGAAUUUAAGUAAAUUGUAUACUUAAUGUGUAAAAUAUGACUUUUUGGACACUCUGAGUGUUUACUAGUCAUAUUUAAACAUGUUAUUUAAUUUUUUCUACGAUAGAUGUUCAAAUCAAGUGGAUAAACAUGUUGCGCAUGCGCAUAUUUACCCACGUCAACGAUUCCAAUACAAUAGAUGCAACAUCGCUUUACUAUCGUAGAAAAAACAUAAAUAUUUACGAGAAUUGUGAAGAGAAAUGCAAAAUAUUUUGUAAACAAAGAUUUGAAGCAUGAAAUGAGGCAGAAUGUUAAAUAAAGUUUAAAAAAACUAAAA